GGAGCUUGGCAUAAACAGAGGCAAAGGAGCAGGGCACGCUGCCACUCUGUGGGUGUUGAUUGAAAACUUCGAUCUGCCCACCGCUUCACGGUUGAUCUGAAGGAUUUCUCACUUGAUCACAGAGAGUAUUUCAAUUAAGGUCUCUUUAGAUGGACUGUAAUAAAGCAGAAAGCUCCGGAGCAUCAAUGUGUGAAUUACUGUCUCUCCACUAAAACGGAAAGCGCAGUGGUCACAGCCACAGACACCUCAACCCUGGAUCCUACGACUCCACAUUAAGUACUGGAGUAUUUAUUACUCUACCGUGGGAGAAAGUCUUUGCCAAUGCUUACAAGGAACUCUUUAUGCCUGCUUCUCUGGAUCCUAUUUGAUGGAGGUCUCCUAACACCACUUCAGCCACAGCCACAACAGACUUUAGCCACACAACCAAAAGAAAAUGUUAUCCACCUGCCGGGCAGACAACCCCAUUUCCAACGGGUUAAACGUGGCUGGGUAUGGAAUCAAUUUUUUGUGCUGGAAGAAUACAUGGGCUCCGAACCUCAAUAUGUGGGAAAGUUGCAUUCUGACUUGGACAAAGGAGAGGGCACUGUUAAAUACACGCUCUCUGGAGAUGGUGCUGGGACCGUUUUUACAAUUGAUGAAACUACAGGAGACAUCCAUGCAAUAAGAAGUCUGGACAGAGAAGAAAAACCUUUCUACACACUUCGUGCUCAGGCAGUGGACAUAGAAACAAGAAAGCCCUUGGAGCCUGAAUCUGAGUUCAUCAUUAAAGUGCAGGAUAUUAAUGAUAAUGAGCCAAAGUUUUUGGAUGGACCUUAUGUUGCUAGUGUUCCAGAAAUGUCUCCUGUGGGUGCCUAUGUGCUCCAGGUCAAGGCCACAGAUGCGGAUGACCCCACUUAUGGAAACAGCGCCAGAGUCGUUUACAGCAUUCUUCAGGGCCAACCUUACUUCUCUAUUGAUCCCAAGACAGGUGUUAUUAGGACAGCGUUGCCAAACAUGGACAGAGAAGUCAAAGAGCAGUACCAGGUCCUCAUUCAAGCGAAGGACAUGGGAGGACAGCUCGGUGGGCUCGCUGGAACAACAGUUGUGAACAUUACCCUCACUGAUGUCAAUGACAACCCACCUCGAUUCCCAAAAAGCAUCUUCCACCUGAAAGUCCCUGAGUCUUCCCCUAUUGGUUCAGUGAUUGGACGGAUAAGGGCAGUAGAUCCUGAUUUUGGAAAAAACGCAGAAAUUGAGUACAACAUUGUUCCAGGAGAUGGGGGAAAUUUGUUUGACAUCGUCACAGAUGAAGAUACACAAGAAGGAAUCAUCAAAUUGAAAAAGCCUUUGGAUUUUGAAACGAAGAAGGCAUAUACGUUCAAAGUAGAGGCCUCCAACCUUCACCUUGACCACCGCUUUCACUCUGCUGGCCCCUUUAAAGACACUGCUACAGUCAAAAUCAGUGUGCUGGAUGUGGAUGAGCCUCCGGUGUUCAGCAAGCCACUUUACACCAUGGAGGUUUAUGAAGACACUCCUGUGGGGACCAUCAUCGGGGCUGUCACAGCCCAAGACCUAGAUGUGGGCAGUAGUGCUGUGAGGUACUUCAUAGAUUGGAAGAGUGAUGGGGACAGCUACUUCACAAUAGAUGGAACGGAAGGAACCAUCGCCACGAAUGAAUUACUAGACAGAGAGAGCAUGGCGCAGUAUAAUUUCUCCAUAAUUGCAAGUAAAGUUAGUAACCCAUUAUUGACCAGCAAAGUCAACAUACUAAUUAAUAUCCUAGAUGUCAAUGAAUUUCCUCCAGAAAUAUCUGUACCAUAUGAGACAGCUGUAUGCGAAAAUGCCAAACCAGGGCAGAUAAUUCAGACAGUGAGUGCUGCGGACCGAGAUCUCUCACCUGCUGGGCAGCAAUUCUCCUUUCGAUUACCACCAGAGGCUGCCAUUAGACCAAACUUUACAGUUCAUGACUUCAGAAACAACACAGCUGGAAUUGAAACCCGAAGAAAUGGAUACAGCCGCAGGCAGCAAGAGUUGUAUUUCCUCCCAGUGGUGAUAGAAGACAGCAGUUACCCUGUCCAGAGCAGCACAAGCACAGUGACUAUUCGGGUCUGCAGAUGUGACUCUGAUGGAACCAUCCUGUCCUGUAAUGUCGAAGCAAUUUUUCUACCUGUAGGACUGAGCACUGGAGCUCUAAUUGCAAUACUACUAUGCAUUGUUAUACUCUUAGCUAUAGUUGUGCUGUAUGUAGCAUUGAGAAGGCAGAGGAAGAAGGACACCUUGAUGACAUCUAAGGAAGACAUAAGAGACAAUGUCAUCCAUUAUGACGAUGAAGGAGGUGGGGAGGAAGACACCCAGGCUUUUGACAUCGGGGCUCUGAGAAAUCCCAAGGUGAUUGAAGAGAAUAAAAUUCGCAGGGAUAUAAAACCAGACUCCCUCUGUUUACCUCGUCACAGACUCCAUGCCGAAGACAACACAGACAUAAGGGAUUUCAUUCACCAAAGGCUACAGGAAAACGAUGCGGAUCCAGCUGCCCCACCCUAUGAUUCCCUGGCCACUUAUGCAUAUGAGGGAAAUGGGUCAGUGGCAGAGUCACUCAGCUCCAUCGACUCUCUCACUACAGAAGCAGACCAGGACUACGACUAUCUCACAGACUGGGGGCCCCGCUUCAAAGUCUUGGCAGACAUGUUUGGAGAAGAGGAGAGUCACAGUCCUGAUAAUGUGACCUAGGGAAGAAGAAAAGGCUGGUUAAUACACAGCUAGAGAAGAAAAUUUUAUCAAAAAUAUUAACAUAAAGUUUUAACAAACACACACGCACACAUGCGCACACGUGUGCACAC